UAUAAUAAUAACCUUUUGGAGUUGCAGAAAUUAGGGUUUACAUGUUCCUAAUUAUCCUAAAUCAUUGAUCUCCGACCCAAAUUUCUUCAUUUUUUCACAUAAAUUUACAGAGAAUGCAGAGCUUUACACGAACACAGUGUCGUGUUCGUCAUUGUUAUCGAUUUUUUAUCAACGAAUUUCAACGAAGAACACGAAAUUUUAGCAGUUGCAGUAGCAGCGCUGUUUCUGACAAAUUACUCAUCAAUGAUACUGAUUCCUUUGUGUUAGUGGAAGGCAAUGCAAGUUCAAGAACUGUAAUUCUCAACAGACCUUCGGUCCUCAAUGCGCUAAACGUUCCCCUGAUGAGCAGGCUACGCAAACUGUAUGAGAGCUAUGAAGGGAAUCCUGAUAUAGGUUUUGUGGUAAUGAAGGGCAAUGGCAAUGCUUUUUGUGCUGGUGCAGAUAUAGUCUCCGUGCGCGAUAUGAUCAAAAAAGGCAAUAUUGAAGGAAGCAAAGAAAUAUUUAGGAGGGUGUAUGGUUUUGCAUAUCUUCUACAUACGUAUUUAAAACCGAAUGUGGCUAUCUUAGAUGGGGUUACGAUGGGUGGAGGGGCUGCGAUUUCUAUCCCCGGAACAUUUAGGAUUGCAACCGAAAAAACCGUUUAUGCUACCCCGGAAACGUUAAUCGGUCUUCAUCCUGAUGCCGGUGCUUCAUUUCACCUUUCACAUCUUCCCGGUUAUUUAGGGGAGUAUUUGGGCCUAACAGGAGACAGGCUCAAUGGAGUAGAAAUGAUCGCGUGUGGGCUUGCUACACACUACGCACACAGUACGAAAGUUCGAGAAAUCGAAGAAUGUCUCAAGAAUCUGGUAACCGACGAUCCUUCUGUCAUCGAAACUUCUCUUGAAAAGUAUAGUGACUUUGACUAUCCUGAUAAUAAUAGUGUUCUAAAGAGGUUGGAAAUGGUUGAUAAAUGUUUCGGUCAUGACAGUGUUGAGGAAAUCAUUGACGCCUUGGAAAGUGAAGCUGCGAAAACUCGUGACGUAUGGUGCGAAUCCGCCUUGAAGAAAUUGAAAUAUGCCUCACCGUUGAGCUUGAAGGUUUCCUUGAGAUCAAUACGAGAAGGGCGGUUUCAGACACUUGAUCAAUGCCUAAUUCGUGAAUUUCGGCUAACGUCACGAGCAAUGUCAUGCCAGAUAUCCAGUGAUUUUUGUGAGGGUGUUCGUGCACGAAUGGUGGAUAAAGAUCAAGCACCAAAGUGGGAUCCGCCAAGCUUAGCACACGUAACACACGACAUGGUGGAUCAAUAUUUUUCUCCCCUCAGUCCACUCGAGCCUGAACUAGAUUUGCCAACGAAGCAACGAGAGGCGUUCACAUAACCAACCCCACCUAUAUACAGAACUGAUUAUCAAUUUCUAAACCCCAUAUUUUUUCCUAACAAAAGUUACACUCAUCUUAAUAAUCUAUGCAAAUGUUCUCUACAUGUGUUGUUCCAUUUUUUUUUAGGAAAUUCAUUUACUAAA